UGCAGCGGAGCCGCGGCGCCGGCUUGGAUCCGCUUGGGGCUGCGCCCCCGAGAGCCAGCGACGGAGGCGGGCGGGGCGCUGCUCGCGGUCCCGGGCCCUUCGGCAGUGCCAGGUGUGGAUCAAUGGGGUAGCCUCAACGCAUCGUCCCCAGCCAGCUCAUGGGCCACCCGGCCAUGCCCAGCCUCAGCACCUGAAGCCGGUGAGCAAGAGCCCUGGCUGGAUUACAAACAUGUGGGGCCUUGUGAGGCUCCUGUUGGCCUGGCUGGGUGGCUGGGGCUGCAUGGGGCGCCUGGCAGCUCCAGUCCCAGCCUGGGCAGGGUCCCGGGGACACUCAGGUCCUACCCUGCUGCGGACCCGAAGGAGCUGGGUCUGGAACCAGUUCUUUGUCAUUGAGGAAUAUUCUGGUCCAGAGCCGGUCCUUAUUGGCAAGCUGCACUCAGACGUUGACCGGGGUGAGGGCCGCACCAAGUACCUGCUGACGGGGGAGGGGGCAGGCACUGUAUUUGUGAUCGAUGAGGCCACAGGCAAUAUCCAUGUGACCAAGAGCCUGGACCGGGAGGAGAAGGCACAAUAUGUGCUGCUGGCCCAAGCUGUGGACCGUGCCUCUAACCGGCCCCUGGAGCCCCCGUCAGAGUUCAUCAUCAAAGUGCAAGACAUCAAUGAUAACCCACCAGUGUUCCCCCUUGGGCCCUACCAUGCCACAGUGCCUGAGAUGUCUAACGUUGGGACGUCUGUAAUCCAAGUGACCGCUCACGACGCUGACGAUCCCAGUUAUGGGAACAGCGCCAAACUGGUGUACACGGUGCUGGACGGACUGCCUUUCUUCUCUGUGGACCCCCAGACUGGAGUGGUCCGUACAGCCAUCCCCAACAUGGACCGAGAGACCCAAGAGGAGUUCCUGGUGGUGAUUCAAGCCAAGGAUAUGGGUGGCCACAUGGGGGGGCUGUCAGGCAGCACUACAGUGACAGUCACCCUCACUGAUGUCAAUGACAACCCCCCCAAGUUCCCUCAGAGCCUAUACCAGUUCUCUGUGGUGGAGACAGCAGGACCUGGAACCCUGGUGGGCCGGCUUAAGGCCCAGGACCCCGAUCUAGGGGACAAUGCCCUCAUGGCAUACAGCAUCCUGGAUGGGGAAGGGUCGGAGGCCUUCAGCAUCAGCACAGACUCCCAGGGUCAGGACGGUCUACUCACUGUCCGCAAGCCCCUGGACUUCGAGACUCGCCGGUCUUACACCUUCCGAGUAGAAGCCACCAACACACUCAUCGACCCAGCCUACCUGCGGCGAGGUCCCUUCAAGGACGUAGCCUCGGUGCGAGUGGCUGUGCAGGAUGCCCCAGAGCCACCAGCCUUCACCCAGGCCACCUACCACCUGGCAGUACCUGAAAACAAGGCUCCGGGCACCCUGGUGGGCCAGAUCUCAGCCAGUGACCUGGACACCCCUGCCAGCCCGAUCAGAUACUCCAUCCUACCCCACUCGGAUCCAGAGCGUUGCUUCUCCAUCGAGCCCGAAGAUGGCACUGUCCGAACAGCAGUGCUCCUGGACCGCGAGGCUCGUGUCUGGCACAACCUCACCGUGCUGGCCACGGAGCUGGAUAGCUCUGCACAGUCCUCCCGUGUGCAAGUGGCCAUAGAGACCCUGGAUGAAAACGACAAUGCUCCCCAGCUGGCUGAGCCCUAUGACGUUUUUGUAUGUGACUCUGCGGCCCCUGGCCAGUUGAUUCAGGUCAUCCGGGCACUAGACAGAGAUGACGUGGGCAACAGUAGCCAAAUCUCCCUUCAAGGUCCCGCGGGCCCUGGUGCCAACUUUACAGUCCGGGACAACCGAGAUGGCUCUGCCAGUCUGCUGCUGCCUUCCCGCCCUGCCCCACCCCGCCAGGCCCCCUACCUGGUUCCUAUAGAACUCUGGGAUUGGGGACAGCCAGCUCUGAGCAGCACUGCCACUGUGACAGUCAGCGUAUGCCGCUGCCGGCCUGAUGGCUCCAUGGCAUCCUGCUGGCCUGAGGCUCAGCUCUCACCCACGGGUCUCAGCACUGGUGCCCUGCUCGCCAUUGUCACCUGUAUGGGCACCCUGCUUGCCCUGGUGGUGCUCUUCGUGGCCCUGAGGCGGCAGAAGCAGGAAGCACUAAUGGUUCUGGAGGAGGAGGACGUCCGCGAGAACAUCAUUACCUAUGACGAUGAGGGUGGCGGAGAGGAGGACACCGAGGCCUUCGACAUUGCAGCCUUGCAGAACCCGGAUGGAGCUGCUCCCCCAACAGCCGGCCCGCCGGUGCGCCGCGACGUGCUGCCGCGGACCCGAGCUCCCCGCCAGCCCCGGCCACCAGGCCCCGCCGAUGUGGCUCAGUUGCUGGUGCUGCGGCUGCGCGAGGCGGACGAAGACCCAAGCGUGCCGCCCUACGACUCGGUGCAAGUGUACGGCUAUGAAGGUCGGGGCUCCUCCUGCGGUUCGCUCAGCUCCCUGGGUUCAGGCAGCGAGGCUGGAGGUGUCCCCGGCCCCACGGAGCCACUGGACGACUGGGGCCCACUCUUCCGCACACUGGCAGAGCUGUAUGGGGCCAAGGAGCCCCCGGGCCCCUGAGACCUACCCGGCCCUGCAGCUGCACUGCGGUGGGGUAGCGCGCACAGGCCCUCUGAGUGAGCCCCACAGGGUCCAGGCAGGCAGCAGCCCAGGGGCCCAUGUGUCCCCCC